ACGUAAAUGAGAGGAGGAGGAGAAGUAAACGUGCCGAACACCUAACGAGACUUAACUCUACCGCUUUCUGGUUUUGGUUUUGAGGCAGCAAUGGCGAUCUUGGAGGAUUUGGUGGUAAAUCUCAACUUAUCUGCCCCGAAUUCUUACGGAGCUGUGGUUCUCGGCGGUACCUUUGAUAGAUUACACGACGGCCAUCGCCUCUUCCUCAAGCAAUCAGCAGAGCUGGCAAGAGAGAGGAUUGUGGUGGGAGUAUGCGACGGUCCUAUGUUGACCAACAAACAGUUCUCUGAUUUAAUACAGCCCAUUGAAGAGAGGAUGCAUAAUGUUGAAAAUUACAUCAAGUCCAUAAAGCCAGAGUUGUUAGUGCAAGUUGAGCCUAUUACAGAUCCCUACGGCCCUUCAAUUGUUGAUGAAAACUUAGAGGCUAUUGUUGUCAGCAAGGAGACAGUACCAGGUGGACUGUCAGUUAAUAAGAAGAGAGCUGACAGAGGUCUUUCACAACUGAAGAUUGAAGUCGUAGAUCUAGUUCCCGAGGGAUCCACUGGAGAGAAACUGAGUUCAUCAACAUUAAGGAAGCUCGACGCCGAGAAGGCCAAAAAGCUACAAUCGGGCAGAGAACAAGACUAAUCCUUCAAGAAUGUACUGGCAAGAGGAGUAGUUUUUGCAAAUUUCUUGCAAAAGAUGAACGAUCUAAUGACCAAAUCGUUCUUAAAUUAUGUGGAACUGAAGAAACAGGCGCAGAGAGAUCUUGAUUCAGAACAAGAUAUCGAAAAUGGCCAACUCAACAAGGCAGAAGAAGAGAACCUCUGUCAGUUCUUCCAAGAAGUGGAAGCAAUCAAGGUUGAAAUCGAAGAGAUCCCCAGUCUCUUGCUUGAUCUUCAAGCCCUCAACGAAGAAUCCAAAUCCGCUCACAGCGCUAAACUUCUUCGGGGGUUAAGAGAUCGAAUGGAAUCAGAUGUUGUCUCAGUCCUCCGCAAAGCAAAAAUUGUCAAGGCAAGACUGGAGUCCCUUGAUCGAUCCAAUGCACUAAACCGGACUGUAUCAGAAAAUUACAGAGAAGGAACAUGUGUUGAUCGAACCAGAAUCUUCAUCACCAAUGGUUUACGAGUUAAACUUAGGGAGAUUAUGAACGAUUUCCAGUCACUGAGGGAAAAAAUUGUAUCAGAUCACAAAGAGGAUCUGAAGAGAAGAUACUAUAAUGCAACUGGAGAGAAACCAUGCGAGGAAAUAAUUGAGAAAAUGAUGGUUUCAGGAGGAGAGAAAGUUGAGUUACUUGAAGGGAAAACAGAAGUAGAUUUGAGAAAUGAAGAGAAACAUGAGGCGGUGAUGGAUUUAGAGAGAAGUUUGAAUAGGUUGCAUCAGGUUUUCCUAGACAUGGCUGUUCUAGUUGAGACACAAGGGGAGAAGAUGGAUGAUAUUGAAGAGAAUAUAGUUAAUGCAGGUCAGUUUAUUAAUGGUGGAACUAAUAAUCUGUACUAUGCAAAUCAGAUGAAAAAGAAGAAGGCGGCAUCUUUUUUCUGGGUCUGGGCCGUUGGGCUGAUAGUGCUUCUGGUUUGCAUAAUUUCCAUGUUGGCUUCUUAAAAUCAUCACAGAGACUGAUGAAAGAUUAUCAGGUGGGGAACCCUAUAUUAGUCUGUAAUUUUUUUCCUCCAUUGAUUUUUCGGUAUCAGGGAGGAGGAGAGUCUUGAUGGUUUUUGUAGUUACUGGCUAGUAAAAAAGUGAUUUUGGUGAUAAGAUUCUGGAACUUGGUAUUAUAUGUUUUUGCAGUUAGAUCUGCUUGAUUGAGUA